AAAUUAUGAAACUUAUUAAAACUUUGUGUUUCUAUAUGAAAAAUAAAAAAACUAAUACGCCUAUGAUUUGAAAGAUAUUGGAAGGUGUAAAUCUAUAAUAUCAAGAUGUCGAUGUUUUGCGCAAAAAAUUUGCUUGUAUUAUUUUGUAUUUUUUUCAUCGAGCGGUAUGAACGCAGAAUGGAUAAAUAGUUUUGAUGAGUUGAUUGUAAUGAUUCGUGAUGAGUAAUGACCGUCAUGCGGUAUACUGGGUCAGUUGUCCAGACUACGUGAAUUAGUUGUGGGGCGAUCGGCAUCCCUCGACAGCGCAGGUUCAAGAGACAAGUUCGUCAAUGGACCUCGUUGACCCACAUCGUUGUUACAUGUUUGCUAUACUAUUCAGCGUUCUCCUCUGGAUCUACAAGAUCGAGGCGAGCGUGCUGGUCGCUGAUACUACCAUGUCAAAAAUGGUGGAAUUGAAUGCCGACGCGCCCUUUUGCGCUGUUUAUGAGGACCGUGGGGUCAUCCAGAGAAUGGUGCUCGGUGCGGAUCCCAGGAAGGUUCGACAAAUUUCCAGCAAUCUCGUUGCGGACCUUGAAGAAACUUGUAAGGCCUCGCGAGACAAAGGGAAGAAUCAAGCGCCUGGCAGUGGUUUAAUAUACCCGGGUACCAAAUGGUGCGGACCGGGCAAUGUGACAGUUGGCUACAACGAUUUGGGUCAACAUUCGGCUGAGGACGCUUGUUGCAGGGAACAUGAUCAUUGCCCGUUUACGAUAGUAUCGGGACAGUGUAUACAUGGUAUAUGCAAUAAUUCACCAUUUACUCGUUCGCAUUGCGAUUGCGACGCCAAAUUCCGCAGAUGUUUACAAAAUCUCAAUACCGAAGUGGCCAAUACCCUCGGCGCGCUAUUCUUCAAUGUUAUUCAGGUCACCUGCUUCAAAGAAAGACGACCAUGUUCACAAUGGCAAAGUUGCAUUUUACAAUGGGAAAAGUCUCCGUACUACUUCCCAAACGAAUUAUCAGCGAGUAGAGGAUUUCGACCGCUGUUGACAACCUUCUCCUUCGUACUUAAGGAUUUCAUGGUUUGGCAAAGAAAUUUUCCUUGAGAUGUCAUGCCAUUUAUUCGAAGAGAUCUCGAAAUUUAAAAGGAUUUCAAAUGGCUAUGCAGAGGCUGUAUCUGAUCGAUUGUGUUCGCAAUAUAAGUUUCGUCCUAGUGAUAAGUAUGUGCCCCUGAUGCCUUUAAAUCUGAACAAAUGAAUUCGGAAGCAAUAGAAGGACAGCUCCAAAAAUGGUAGAAUGGCCGAGAUAGAAGAGCCAAUGAUCCAAUAUGUGAUUAUAAUAUGACAAAAACAUUGUUUAUUGCAUAUCAAAUUGCCGUCCUUACUAUUGCGCAUAUGUAGGUUAUCAAAUAAUACGUACUGUAUUCUUAAAAAUUAAGUUACGUUAAUCCUUUUGUAGUGCAACAUGUAGAUAUAUUGGUUGGAGCUUGUGGAUAAUGAGGAAUUAUGUUAUCUUUUAAAUUUA